GCGGGGUUGAACUCACACUCACACACACACACACAACACACACCGACUCCCUUCACAGGUGGAGCUGUUUUAAGGUCAUUUAAUCCAUAUUAAAAAUCAAACUGCGGUGCUGUAGUUAACUCGAAGAGCGGACAUGGUGUUCCUGACGCUGUCUUGUUGGAUCCGAAGCCGAGGACCCGACAGAUACUGGAAAGUCCAAGAAGUUCUCAAACAUGCUCGGCACUUCAGAGGCAGGAAGAACCGCUGCUACAGUCUGGCUGUGCGGGCGGUCAGGAGAGCUUUCGUCUACGCCACUAAAGCUCGGAAGCUGAAGAAACGCAACAUGAGGACGCUCUGGAUCUCGCGUAUUGCAGCAGCAACACGAGAGCACGGCAUGAAGUACCCCGCCCUAAUGCACAACCUCACCAAGACCAGCGUUCAGCUCAACCGACGCGUCAUCUGCGAUCUGGCUGUCACAGAGCCACGGUCGUUCCUCUCACUUGCGAAGCUGGCGCGAGCUCGGCAACAGGAAGGCUUCAGAGCGGCGUUGGGUGACGGCAAAGAGCCUGCUGGUGUCUUCUCCCGUGUUGUUUUGCUGCAGUAAAGGACUUGAUACGGUUACAGGUUUUCAGUCAUGUGGUUUAAAGAACAGUGGAGAUGUUCUAGAAACACACACACCUCCUUUCUUUAUGGUUUUCAUUAAUUUAAAUAUUUCUUAAAUAUCCAUAACAUUAAUUUAGUUAAACAUACACCAAGGAAACAGUCUCAGCUUAAUGUGGAUGCCUAUAUAUGACCUGCAUAAACAAACAUGGCCAUCAGCAAUCUUGAAAUGAGGUGAUGGAAACAACAACUUCUUUUCUCCACAGGGGGCCAAGUUCCUCGUAGUUGCAUUAGAUAAUUUUGUGAUACUAUAUUGAUCAAUAAAUGGGGUUAUGUAUUGUUUAACAACCACAUACAUUUUGA